AUGUUCAUUGGACGGCGUGAAAGUACAAUUGAAAGUGAGAGUAGUGAUGAAAACGUUGUGAGUUUUAGAAGAAAAGUUAGAAAUAGAAUUUCGUCGAGUUCAAGCUCGGAUACUGAUGAAUCAUAUGCAAGUGAAGAUAUUGAAGAAUUACUAGAAGAACUGGCUUUAGACGAAGAAGAGAAAUUGAACACAGCUGAUAAUUCAUUGGAAAAUAUAAGGCAACAAUCAUUUCCGUUCACUGGAAAAAGUGGGCUUUUGUUGGAUUUGCCGUCUGGCAUUAGCCCCGGUGAAGUUCUUUCGCUAUUCUUGAAUGAAACAGUAAUAAGUCUUUUAGUCACAGAAACUAAUAGAUAUGCAGAGCAGAAAUUACUUGAACAUAAAACGACUGGUCACGCUGGACAAAAUAAAUGGAAUCUCACCACUUCCGAAGAAAUUAAAAAAUUUAUUGGAUUGAUGAUUUGGAUGGGUCUAGUACAAACACCGCUAAAGAAAUGUUGGUCAACGGAUCCUGUAUACAAUUUUUCAUUGCCGCGCAGCACAAUGUCCCGCAAUCGAUUUGAAGAACUGCUAUCAAACUUGCAUUUUGCUAACAAUGAAACGAUAGUACAAAAUAACAAACUUGGAAAAGUUUUACCACUUGUAGACAUAUUGAUGGUUAAUUAUCAGAAGGUUUUUUCACCAGGCAAAGACAUUGUUGUCGACGAGACAAUGGUUCCGUGGAGGGGACGACUAGUAUUUCGGCAGUAUAUUCCAACAAAGUCACAUAAGUACGGUGUAAAACUGUUCAAACUAUGCUCCACCGAAGGAUACACAUGGUCUUCAAAAAUAUAUUCUGGACGAGAUACCAGCGGAAAAAGAAAAGUUGGCAUAGCAGAGAGUGUCUGCACUGAACUUGCAGACAAAUUAUUGAACGAAGGACGUACUUUAUUUGUUGAUAAUUUUUACACUAGUUAUGAAUUAGCACUUAAAUUUUUAAAUUCUAAGACGCAUGUGGUUGGAACGGUACGGCGCAAUAAAAAAAAAAAACCAAGUUGUGUAAUGUAUCCGUUGAAAAGAGGGGAAAUGGUGGCACGAGAAGAUCCAAAUGGUAUUGUAGUACUAUUCGAUACAUUCUUCAGUACCACUACGACCAAGGUGAAAAGGCGGAGCAGGUGGCCAAAAAAGUUUGUGCUGUUUAUGGACCCAAUACAGUAUCGAAUGCAACAGCAAAGCGGUGGUUCCAACGAUUCCGUUCUGGUAAUAUGGAUGUUGAAGAUGAGGCACGCUCUGGUAGGCCAAUCGUCGAAAAUGUGGAUAAAAUCAUGGAAAUCGUCGAGUCGGACCGAAAAGCGUCACCCAUAUAUGGGUGACGCGGGCCCCACGGAAGCAUGCCCGUCACCCAAGUACGGGUGA